AUGAGCUUAAGGAGCUUAAUAGAAAAUCAAAUUAUUCAAAAGCGAAUCAAGCUUCCUCGCAAAUAUAUCACUAGCCCCCAACCCUCAUCAGAAGAUACGAAUUCUAAUCUUAUAACGAUAUCUCUAAUUUCUGAUACAAUUACAAAAUCUCAAAAGCUUUCUGAGAAUAAUAUUGAAGUAGAAUCAAAGAAACGAGAGUAUGAAUACCUUCAUAUUGAUAGUCUUAGUCGGCAUAUCAAAACUCAAUACCUUCAAUCUCGUACCGUUGAUGAGGGGUUCCACUGCCCUUACCAAGAUUGUUCGGCAUUUUUGGGUAGUGCUAUGCAUUUUCUUAAUCAUACAGCACGUCAACAUGGAUUGUCUCUAUGA